UGCUCAUUAUAAUAUGUUGGCUCAUUGUUAGAAUCUCUGUAAAGAGCUAUAUAUAUUAUAUAUUUGAGAGGCGGCUCUGCUAGAGCUUCAAGUCAGAGCUCCUGACUUAAGAUUCUGUUAGUGUAUGUUUACUUCUUCACACUUAUAAGAACAGGAUUUGCUAGAGAGUUUGGCAUAAAUGAAAGGGUCCAGGAUUAAACUGUACUACAAAAAAAAAAAAAAAAAAAAAUUAUAGAUAAUAUUGAAAAUAUUAUAUUAUUUCAUCUACUCUAGUAGUAAUACUUAAAGCAAGUCCAUUAUUAGUUAACUGCCCCACAUGUCUCUCAAUUAAGUUCAAUCAAAAUAGUUCCACACUCGUCUCAAUGUAAUUAUCACCUACAACGUUGAGUUAAUCAACCAUUAAACGCAAUCAAAAAGCAAUACAAGCCACACUCAAAAGCCAAGUGGCAAGAAGUGAAUGUUGUUGCAACAACAGCAAGAGCAGCAGCAGCAUCAUCUAUUCCUGGCAAGGCAACCGCAAGCAUUAUAGAAACUGCCGCAGCUAACGUAACCACAAAUGCCCAUUACCAUUUGCGGCAAAGCAUAAAAUUCCAAACAGAGCCCAGAGUCGCAUGCAUCAGAAAAUAAUAAAAAUAUAAAAAUGAAAUCUAAUUACAUGCCAAAGCCGAGAAGAAACACUUGAGAAGACAUCUCAGCUUGUCUUGGGCCCAAUGCAAUUUUCCAAUUGCAGCUUCCUUUCUAAAAAACACACACACACACAUACACACAAAUUGGAUGUUGUGUAUAUAACAUCUAAUAGCACUUAGCUUAGCUCGUCUUUAUUUUUCUCUUUUCGAUUUUGUAUUUUAGAUAGCAACAACAACAGCAACAACGAACAGCGAAACAGCACACACACACACACACAAAAUCACAUUUAAAUUACGUAUACGCCGCGUAGCCGUAAAGCCCAAAAUCACAGACAUCAUGGCAGCCGCAACAGCCGCGAACAAAUCACCACAACAACAGCAACAACAACAAUCUAGCAGACAACAGCAGCAGCAUCUUCAUCUGGCAGCCAGCAGCAACAGCAGCAGCACCGCCUCCUCCUUCUGCUCGAGCAACUUCAUUGCCUCCUGCAUGUCCAUCGUUUUGGUUGUCGUGUUCGCUGUGCUGCUGGCAGGAAACUGUGUCAAUGGGCAAAUUGAUGGCUACAUAGCUGGCGAGGAUUAUCCCAUCUAUGAUGCGGUGCCCAAGGGUUUGUCAUUCAACUGCCAAGGACGUCAGCCGGGCUACUAUGCGGAUACCGAGACGAGGUGUCAGGUCUGGCACUGGUGCCUGCACUCUGGCCAUCAAUACUCGUUCCUCUGCCCGAACGGCACCGUCUUCAAUCAGGCUGUGCGCGUCUGCGAUUGGUGGUCGAACGUCAACUGCGCCAGCUCCGAGCAGCUCUAUCAGAAUAACGAUGAGCUCUAUCGUAUACCGGAGCGCAGCCAACAGCAGCAGCAGCAGCAGCAGGAGCAGGCUGAGGUAUGAUAUAAGGCUGAUGAUGAGUAUAAGAUUGGGAAAACACACACAACAACGGCGGAGGCAGCGGAUCGGCAGCGAGGCAGCAGACAGCGACAGUUUCUGGCACAAAACAAAAGCAGCAGCAGCAGCAGCAACAGCAACAUAGAUAAAAGCAAACACAACAGCAAUAGCAACAACAACAGAAUCGUAGAUAGCACCUCACCAACCAACUACAGUAAAAUGACCAAAAAUAGUUUUAGAGGCAGCAUGAGAUACAAAACCAAUCAAUCUCAAUCGUCAUACUCAUCAUCACAGCAACAGCAACAGCAACAAUUUAACUCUAGUAAAUAUAGCGAAUAUCAAAGUAGACAAAAUAGUAGUGGCAGUAGCCGUAAGCAGGGCAAUAGGAAUAGCAGUAGAAAUAAAGGAAAUCAAUUUAGCAUAGCAAACACAUCCUCUAGACAUAACACAGCACAGCACAGCAAUCACAGCAACAGCAGCAACAGCAGCAGCAGCAGCGGCAACAACAACAACAACAGCUACAAAAGCAAGCAACGCGGCAAUAUGCGCUACAAUUUGAAUAAAUUUGAAAACGACGAUGAGCUCAAAGAUUAUAAAAGUAAAAUUAAAAACAAAUAUAAUAUCGAUUAUGAUCAUUCUUUGGAUGAAGAAUAUGAAAUAAUCGAGGCCAUUGAGUGAAAAGCAACAUACAAAUUAGAAAUUACUGAAUCAAAUAAAGAACAAGGAACCAAAAGCUUUGUAAUUGUUGUCGAAUUAAAAAAGUGCUGCAAAUUGGCGCUAAUUUGUGAACCAUCUUAAAAUACCCUCACCAGUUGGCUUGUUACCCAAUGUAAAAAAAUUGUAUAUAUAUGUAUAUUCCCAAUUCAUCUAAAAUUUAUAUACCUGCAAAUAAAUAUAAAA